GCUGGACAGCGGCAUCGGGUCACCAGGCAUCAGGUCAUUUGGCUCGACAGCGGGCACCGCGUCAUCUGGCAAGGCAGUGGGCUCCGAGUCAACAGGCACGACAGUGGGCACCGGGUCAUCAGGUACCGGAUUGUCUGGCUCGACAGCAGGCAUCGGGUCACCAGGUAUGACAGCGGGCACUGGGUCACCAGGCAUCAGGUCAUUUGGCUUGCCAGCGGGCACCGCGUCAUCUGGCAAGGCAGUGGGCACCGGGUCACCAGGCAUUGGAUCGUCUGGCUCGACAGCGGGCAUCGGGUCACCAGGCAUCAGGUCCAUUUGGCUCGCCAGCGGGCACCGCGUCAUCUGGCAAGGCAGUGGCAACCGAGUCACCAGGUACGACAGCGGGCUCUGAGUCAAUUGGCACGACAGCGGGCACCGGAUCAGGUUACCGGAUCAUCUGGAUCAACAGCGGGCAUCGAGUCAACUGGC